CCGAACCUCCUCCCAUUCUUCUCUUUCCCAACGGCACAGCCCCUUCCCUCCAGUGUGGUUGCCGUGCUCUCUUCCUUCACCGGCAACAAAUAGCCAGUGUUCUUCCUCCCUCGGCAGUCUCCCCUCUCCUAUCUCACUAUGUCUUCAGAAAAAUCUCCCUCCUCUUCUAAGCCCACUGCAACUACUCCCCAUCUUGCUUUCACGAUGGUCUCCAACGUCAAACUCCAGGUUCCGAUCACUCUCAGUUAUUCGGAACCCAACUACAAAAAGUGGAGCCUCCUCUUUCUUCUUUUGGUUCAACGUUUUAAUAUCGAGGGCUUCAUCACCGACGAGAGGCUCUCGGCCGGAAAAGAUGAUAUCAAAUGGCUUCAACUCGAUGCACUCAUUCAAGGAUGGAUCCUUUCCACAAUCAACGAUGAGGUCUCUGAUCUCAUCCUCUCCUCAGCCACAUCUGCGGCGGAUUUAUGGAAAGCGACACAUGAUCUGUUUCAUGAUAACAAGGCGGCCAGAGCUAUGCAAUUGGAGCACCAAUUCUACAUCACUGUCAAAGGCACGUCCACCAUCUCCACCUACUGUCAAACUCUCAUAAAUAUUGCCGACUGGCUAGACGAUGUGGACACCCCUGUUACUGAAAAUCAACUUUCUCUUCAAACUCUACGCGGUCUCUCGGAUGAUCUCGGCAAACAGGCUUCCUUCCUUCAAUUCCAAAAACCACCGCCCACGUUCUUGGAAACAAGAUCGGCUCUCCUCUUAUUAGAGAACCAACGCCGGCCUCUCGUUCCCACUGGUGACGGCGGCAUGGCUCUUGCAGUGAUCACCCAUGGCAGAGGAGCAGGCCGCGCACUAGCAGUAUCGGCGGACAGCAGAUCGGGAAACCCGGCGGUGGUGGCCUGUUCCAGGGCGGCAUCGGCGGAAGAGGACAGGCGGCAGGUGGUCGCGAAGGGCGACAGGCGCGCUGGCGUGGUCGCGGUCGGCACAACGGCGGAACUCCUCGGCAACCUCUUGGGCAAACCUGGCAGACACCUUUCCACUACCCAAACCCAAGCCUUUCAACUACCCAAGGGCUAUUGGGCCCACGGCCCAAUGCUUUCCCCUACCCGGCCCAAGCCUUUUUAACUCAACCCUCAUAUCCAAACUACCCAGCCCAAUACCCAUAUGCCCACACCACACCCUCUUACCCA